UACCUACCGUUUGCACACACCUUUAUCAUCUUGUUAACAUAAUUACUCAAAAUACCUCUUGCUAAUUGAUUUUCUAUUGUAUAUCACACUUCCACCAGCUCUCGAGAUGAUAUUAGCGUUUUUUGCGUUGACAAUCCUCGCUGUCGGGUGCGUGGACCAGAGAGGCGUGUGCAAAUGCAACCCUCUCGAAUGCACCACGCCAAUUUGCGGCAGCGACCUAAACACAUACAAAUGCAUGUGCGAACUGGACUGCCACAAUUAUUUUGCCGAUCCGGCCGCGCACGUCCGUAAAGUGCACGACGGGAAGUGUACCCCCAACUGUGGAUGUAAACCUGACUCCAAGGGCCCGCUUUGUGCGAGCGACCUCAAGACGUACGACAGCGAAUGCGUCCUCACUUGCAACCAUCCACAUUUGGUACCAUUGUAUCCGGGGCCUUGCGUGGAUUAAAAACAAUCCGAAAUAAUAAAAAAGAUAAUUAACUUGCUUUACUUUUA